AUGGGGUAACAAUGGACUCCAGGCAUUGAAAAAAAUAAUGUUGUUCAAACUUGGGAGACAAUACUGCCGAGACAGUCAGCACUGAGAGCGUUUUAUGAUUCUAUGAAGGUUUAUCGUCCGGAUCUUUUCAAUGAAAUAGUCGGACAAAUAGUAGACAAUGGCAAUAAACAUAAAGAUCCUGUAUCACAGAUCCUAUUUUUAGUGCUUCAACUGUCAUUUCCGUACAUUGCAAACAUAACGAACAUCGUAGAUAUCUUGUGGAAUUCGAUCACCACUAAUGGAAUUAACGGCCUACAAGACUGUGAAAAAUACAUAGCACCAAUAGACCUGGAAGCACAUUUACAUUGUGAACAAGACGAAACACCAUUAAUCUUAGCGUUAAAAGAAUACUUUAAGUCGAAAGUCGCGGAAAUGUUUGAGAAAAAUCGCAUCCUAAACAAGGAUAGUUUAUAUGAUGCAGCAGCAGAUGCGUUUACGAAAAUUGGUUGGAUAUCAGGGAUGGAAGCCGUUCGAUUGCAAGUACCACCGUUUCUCUACGAACAAGUUCUUCAAUCGAUUUCACCCUCCAUUUCUGUUCGUUCUUUAUCAAGCAAUCCUCCUAAACCAGAUGAAUCCCCACCGGAUGUGCCUUCAACUGUUCAACCAGCUCAAUCACUUUCAACUACGCAAAUAAUAUCACAGCAGAUUGCCGACUACUUACAUUUGCAUGAUGGUAGUGGUAAAGAUCAAGUUCUUUCUGCAAUACUCAAAGGUGGUCGGCAGGUGUUUUGCGGGUAUGGGGUAUGGGGCAAAUCUGAAGUACUCGAUACUGAAAAGAAUUGGACAAAAGGUGAACAAUCUGAAUCACGUUUAUUGCUAUUACUGAAAGAAUACUACUUUAUACAAUUACAAAUGUUACUUGAACAGAGUGCGCCGAAACUAUUUCGUUUGAUCAAGGAACAAAAAGAUUCUCAAAAUUGUGAUCAUUUUUCUGUUGUCCAAACAAGAUUUGCUGAAUAUGGUACUAAUUAUACUGGCUCGUCAUUCGUAUUAUCGUUCGUCCUGCAACUCUUGUUUGAAGGUAUCACCGACGAAGAUGUAAUAAAUGGAACUAUCUUCGCACGUUUAUUCAAGUCCGUAACAGAGAACGGCAUCCAUGGAGCAGAAGAAAAAGAAUUUAAGGAUUAUGUUGCCUGUGCGGAUUUGAAAAGUCAGAUAGCUGACGAACAGUCAAUGUUAUAUCUAACACUUCGAAUGUAUUUUUAUGCAGAAAUACAGCAUCUAUUCAGUCAACGCUAUAUUAGCAAUAGAAAUCAACGCUAUGAGCUUCUAGCUGAUAGCGUCACGAAAAACGGUUGGCUCAAGGGAAUUGAAGCGAUCAGCGAUAUAAUACCUCCGGCUCAGUAUAACAUUCUACAUCAAGAUAUCUCUCAGAGACUACGGUCGUUGUCGAUAACUGAGUCGCCGGCAAUCAUCGUCGAGCCAGUCAACGAACCAGCUGCUGAUCAUUCCAAUGUCCAACUUCCACAAACUACUGUCGUGCAAAGACCUCAACUUCUAGUGGAUUGCGAACUGAAUGAAAUGUUCAAUGAUAUGCAACGCACAUUGGAGCAACUAGCUUUUGACACAAAUAAAAAUAGCAGUAGUCGAGGUGUAUGGUCGAGUGAUGAAUUUGAUUAUCAGUUCGCGAUUCAAUGGUCUACGCAAAUGGAAAAGUCUGACUCUACAAAACUUUUGAAUGACUCCAUCGAAUAUGUCCACGCAGAAUACUACAAUCAAAACGAGUAUGAAAGAGAAAAACUUCCAGUUGAAGCGAUUUCAAACUUUGUGGAGAUAGACAGAAACACUUUAGUACAAGAAUGGAAUAUUACCAUGCGUUCAGAUAUCGUUGAGCUUGGCGAUAAAUGUGUAACCCAAACACAAGAAAAUCUUCAGACGAAUUCAUUGAUUUCGGUGGAAAAUUUCGAAUAUAUGGAUAGAAAUCGUCUCGCUAAAAGUCUUUCUUCAGAGCGCGGACCACUUAGUAGUACACCAGAAAUUCUCCUGACAACGAACCAUAGAAACAGUAUCGCAACGACCAUACGAACAGAACUGAAUGAAGAUAUUUUUUGCUGGUCAAAUAUUCUUCAGAUGAGUCGAUUUUGCGACAGAAUAGUUCAACAUGUGGAUGAAAUAAUCAAUAAUCGACAUUCUGCAUGCAAAAUUUCACAUGAAAUGGUGCGAAACAUCUCAGCAGAUAUCAAGUCAAUCGAAACCAUUGUGAAUAAUGAAUUGGCCUUUUUUCGUUUACAACUAUCGAAAGAGUUACUUGUGUACAUUCAUACCAAGACCUGCCGAUUGCUCACGGUUCUCUACUAUCAACAGCGACAGCAAGACCUGUUUCAGCAAUAUGUUGACUUAGAUCGUAAUCAACAAGCAUUUCGUCGAUAUUUUCAUGAACUACUAACUGAUGUUCGAAAGCCGUCAAGUGAAAAUACAUAA